AUGAUCGCUCCUAUCUAUGCGUCGAGUAACGUUCUCCAACAAUACAGGAAGCAUCCAUCUUCAGGUCCAAGGGAUCUUACCCCAGCCAUGGUUUGCUCUAUUGACGAGGCUGACAAACCUGCUAAAAGGGGCAAUAAACCGGAAACCCACAAAGAGGCACAAGUUUCCAAACCCAUCAAAGGGAAAACCCCUAGGAAGCGAAAGUCUGAUAAGGCUGUUACCUCACCUCCUCAACCGAAGAAGUUGAAGAAGCCCGCUUGGAGGCUAAUACUACAAUCUUUGAGUGACUCCGAUUCAAAAUCCAAACUUGAAGCUACACGCCAAGCGAUUGAAGCUGCAAACACCUCUUUAUAUGCUAAUUUCAAUGAUCAACUCACUCAACUUGAGGCCGAAUUAGCUGUAGAGAAUUGCAUCAUGGAUGAGCUUGACAGGCGAACCUCACAGCUUAAAAUGAAAAACUACAAGCUACGUACUGCUAAUACUGAGCUCAAUGAUCUGAAUUCAGAAAAGGAAGUCAUUCGGACUUCGGUGGAUGAUAAGAUAAAUCUCUCUGAAAACGAACUGGAAGAAAAACUCAAGAAACAACAAGCUGAGCUAGAGCAGAAGAGAAAGGAGACGGAGCUCCUAGAGAAGAAAAUUUCCAUGUUUCCUGUGUGUAUUGCAGUUUCGCUUUAG